CGUGGCCACACGGUUGUCUUGGACUUCCGUUCUCCAAAGUGAAGUUGCGAUCAGUUUCCACGGCAUUACAGCGCGAGGAAACAACGCGAUUGGCUGCGUGUUUUCAGUCAAUGUGCGCACGGCCCCGCAGCUCUGCUCUCUUCAGCACCGAUGAGUCUGUGAUUGACAGAAUUACAAGAAGCUCUCGCAAAGUUGAUCCUUUCCUCCAAAUCCUCUCACAGGUGGCAUCCAUAUCAUUCAGUGCCAUGUCAACACCGGGGAGCCGUGCCGGUCCCGGGGCCGUGGCUCCGUGUCAGCCCUCCUCCUCCUCGGUGGAGAGCAGCGGCUGCACGGAGCCUGACCCGGGCCUCCUCCUCCCGGUGACCCAGUCCCGCUCCGUGCUGGCUCGACACCUCCUGAACGUACGGGCGUACAGCAGCAGCGUGACCCGCCGCAAGAGGGAGAUGAUCCCCAACGAGAAGAAGGACUCAAACUACUUGGUGAAGCGGAAAAAGAACAACGAGGCGGCCAGGCGGUCCCGGGAGAAGAAGAGGCUGAGCGAGCUGAUGGUGGAUGGGCAGCUGCUGGCUCUCAGCGAGGAAAACACCCAGCUGCGGGCUCAACUGCUCAGCAUGCAGUACCACAGCAGCCUGUGUGCAGAAAGGAGAACAUCUGCUUCUGCAACAUCCAAUGUGCCCUCAUCACCUGCCGUUUUCCAGCCAGGGCUCUGGGGCAACAACGGCAGCAAUGCAUUUUCAUUAGAGGCCAAUAUUCCUCGCUUUAGCUCAACAGGUGUGGGUGGUUUCAAUCCACGCAGUUCCCUCUUCUCACAAGGCUUCUCCCCCCUCUCCGGGCCCCGUGUCCUCUCUCCAGAGGCAGAGAUGGAUGCUCAGCGACAGGUUUCCUCCAGCGACGACAUCCACAAAUCCACCGAUGCGUCUGCCCUCCGAGCCUUUCUGCCCCCACCGGACCACCUCCACCAUGCCUCCAUCCGGUCAACUCGAUCCUGGCUGCUGCCCCACAUGAAUCCAUCGGCAGUGUGCAAUAAUGUCCUGCUGCCGUGGCGGUCUUCAUACCUGCCCUCGCCGGGUGUCUACCCCGGCCUGCCUCUCUACAUCCAGGAGAGACAAGGCCAGGGUCUCGGUGUGGAGGCAGACACCCAGCUGGGGGGAUUCAAGAGCCGCUUCAGCAGACGGGAUGCACCUCAGUCCUGAUUGACGCUAUACGACUGUCAGUGCGCUUAUUACCGUUUAUUUAGAGGCCAAUGGAUGCAAAACAUGCUUUACAUCUGCUCAUUUUAACAAGCCUCAAUGCAACAGGCCGUUCGAUGUUUUAUUUUUGACAUUAUGAGAAGAACAUGCAAAUUACAGUGUGCAUAUUUAUCAAAAUAUAGUCUGCAGAGAAUAUCAAAUCCAUGUCUCAAAUGCGAAUUUACUGCAAGUCAAAUGUGUUUGUUCUGACUGUUGUAUUGUAAGAAUGAAACAGCCAUGUCAAAAACCCAAAAUAAAUUUAAGUUUUCACUUUUUAA